AUGAGCGAUCUUCUCCACAAAACAGCUUUAGUCACCGGAGGAGGUUCAGGGAUCAAUCUGGAACUUGCAAAGUCUCUCAGAGGCAAAGGAUGCGCAGUCCUCAUCGCUGACAUCGCACUGAGUCCACCCGCCGCUGCAUGGCUAAAGUCUCUUGGAAACCAAGUGAAUCCCCAAGUGGUAUUUCACAAGACUGAUGUAACCUCACUGGAACAACUACUCGAGGUCUUUGAGGUCUUUGAAAAGAGGCUCGGCGGAGUACCCGAUAUCGUAGUGCCCGGCGCUGGCGUGUAUGAGGGGUCCUUUCCUGGGUUCUGGGAUGACAGGGACGAAACACUCAGCUACAAGCUAUUUGACAUCAACAUGAUGCACCCGAUAAGAAUUACACGCAUCGCGAUCCGCAAGAUGCGUGAGGUCAAGAAGCCAGGCACAAUCCUCCACCUCUCAAGCAUUACAGCCCAGAAGCCCUCCGUUGUUCUUCCGCUGUAUUCUGUAUCAAAAGCUGCUAUCAGCCAAUUCGUCCGUUGCAUGGCGCCGCUAGACCAGAUGUGCGGCAUCCGAAUAGUCGGCAUUGCGCCGGGCUUGGUUGACACACCGCUGCUUCGGAAUACCGCAGGAGCACAAAAUCACGUUGAUCCGUCUACAGACUUCUUGCUGCCUACUGAGGAAGUUGUAGGUGCCAUGGUGGCAUUGCUGACUGACAUCAAGUAUGCUGGGGGCACGGUUCUGGAGGUUGGUGAUAUUGGGAGUUGGAGGGAGGUGCAUUUAUUGGGAGAUGCUGGUCCCCAAGGCCGAUCAACUCGCGCAAGAGCCAAGACAACCGAAGCCACAGCCAAGCUUGCAAAGAUGUUGAUGGGAGAAGAGAAGCCUGUUCCUGGGUCUUCCAAGCUAUAA